UCGCCGUUUGUUUUUGUGGCAUUGUCGCGGCUUUUAUGUUUAUUAACUAUUGUAUUGAAAUUUGUACCUAAAUUUGAAAUCUACCAUUCGAAAUAGAUCAAUUGUAUUAACAAAUAUUAUGUUAAGUUAAAUAUCUAAUUUAUAAUUCUAUAGUUCCUGUAGUACUAUUUUGUAAACAUGACUUCCAUCAUAAAAUUACACUGUAUCUCUGGGGUUGGUGAUGAGUCUCCUCCCUGCUAUGUUUUACAAAUUGAUGAAUAUAAGUUCCUAUUGGACUGUGGAUGGGAUGAGAAAUUUGAUAUGGACUUUAUAAAGGAACUGAAGAGGCACGUAAAUAGUAUAGAUGCAGUCCUUCUUUCUCAUUCAGAUCCAUUGCAUCUAGGAGCUUUACCAUAUGCAGUGGGUCAGUUGGGUCUCAAUUGUCCGAUAUAUGCUACUCUACCAGUGUACAAAAUGGGCCAAAUGUACAUGUAUGACUUGUACCAGUCACAUAGAAAUGUUUCAGAUUUUGAUCUGUUCUCACUCGAUGAUGUAGACACAGCUUUUGAUAGGAUAACUCAAUUGAAAUAUAAUCAGAGUGUGGAUAUAAAAGGCAAAGGUCUAUGUCUUCGCAUCACACCAUUACCAGCUGGGCAUUUGCUCGGCGGCACCAUCUGGAGGGUAGCUGCACCAGGUGAAGAGGAUAUUGUGUACGCCCCUGACUUCAACCACAAAAAAGAGCGCCACUUGAAUGGCUGUGAAAUUGAGAAAAUCAUGAGACCAUCUCUCUUACUCUUGGGAGCUAUGAAUGCUGAUUAUGUACAACAGAGAAGAAGGCUCAGAGAUGAAAAGCUAAUGACAACUAUCUUAACAACGCUAAGAGGCGGUGGGUCGGUCCUUGUCUGUACGGACACAGCUGGCAGAGUGCUCGAACUUGCACACAUGUUGGACCAGUUAUGGAGGAAUAAGGACUCUGGGCUUGUAGCGUAUUCGCUGCUCUUGUUGUCCAACGUCAGCUAUAAUGUGGUGGAGUUUGCAAAGUCGCAGAUAGAAUGGAUGAGCGAUAAACUAACACGCGCAUUCGAAGGUGCAAGGAGUAACCCGUUCGCGUUACGCCAUUUACACCUCUGCCACUCGGUAAUAGAGGUCACCAGAACGCCGGGCCCAAAGGUUGUUCUCGCUUCGUUUCCAGACCUCGAAACGGGGUUCGCAAGAGAUUUGUUUCUACAGUGGGCUCCAAAUCCACAAAAUUCUAUCAUUUUGACUGCACGAACGUCCCCCGGCACGCUGGCCCGUGACCUAAUAGAGAAAGGUGGCGAUCGGACGAUAGAGUUGACCGUGCGAAAGAGGAUCCGCUUGGAGGGGGCGGAGCUCGAAGAGUUCCUGCAGCAGCAGCGCACCAAAGUGAAGGAUCCCGUCAAGGAGGAGGUGAGCGGUCUCUCCUCCGACUCGGAAUCGGACGGCGAGCUGGAGAUGUGGGUGGUGACCGGACGGCACGACAUUCCGGUGCGAUCGGACCAGCGGCCGGCCGGAUGCUUCAAGACCAAUAAGCGCCACCACGCGAUGUACCCCUGCCAUGAGGAGAGGUCGCGGGCUGAUGAUUAUGGGGAAGUGAUUCGGCCUGAAGAUUACAGACUUGCGGAAAUAGUGGAUGCUGAAGGCGAGAUACGAGACGUCCCUCCCGCGCCACCGCAGAAACAGGAACCCGAGGAGGAAGUGACGGAGAUCCCGAGCAAGUGCGUGUCGUCGGUGCGGCAGGUGGGCGUGCGCGCCAACGUGCAGUACAUCGAGCUGGAGGGGCGCUGCGACGGCGAGUCGCUGCUGCGCGUCGUCGCGCACGCCAAGCCGCGCGCCGUCGUCGGCCUCAGGGCGGGGAAAGUGGCGCUUAGCACGCUCAGAAAACACUGUGAGAACGAAGGAAUAGAAAAAAUAUUUACACCUGGAAAAGGUGAAAUUGUUGAUGCAACCACGGAGUCUCAUAUCUAUCAGGUGAAACUGACGGACAGCCUGAUGUGCGGUAUCACCUGGCGGCCGGCUGGCGACGCGGAGCUGGCGUGGCUCUCGGCUACCGUCGCGCCGCCCAGGCAGAGGGAGCCCAACAGCGAAGACACAGCGAUGGACGAGAUGAUAUCGCUGGAGGCGUGCGCGGUGGGGGCGGUGGGUGCGGUGGGGGCGGUGGGGGGGGCGGCGCGCGCGGCCACGUUCGUGAACGCGGUGAAGCUGUCGGAGCUGCGCGGCGCGCUCGCCCGCCACGGGCUCGCGGCCGAGUUCAACGCGGGCGCGCUCGAGUGCUGCAACGGCACCGUGGCGAUACGGAGGUUGGAGAAUGGUCGCGUGGCUCUAGAGGGCGUGUUGUCAGAAGAAUAUUACAAAAUCAGAGAACUGCUUUACGAACAGUUUGCUAUUGUUUAAGUAAUAAUGUAAUGUAUAGUAUUCAUAAAUUUAUUUG